GCAGGCACGCGGCAACCCAGGCUGCCUCGUGAGAAUCAGCAGGAACCAACCCGGACGACUUCAUGUCUGGAAAGCCCAUCACGAGGCGGUCUGUCCUCCUGGCCCUGGCUCUGGCCACCCUCCUGGCUGCAGGGGCAGGGGCUCCGCUCGGCAAGAAGGGCUCCCAGAAUAAGCUGCUGCUGGUGUCCUUUGACGGUUUCCGCUGGAACUAUGACCAGGACACACAAACCCCCAACCUGGAUGCCAUGGCGCUCGACGGAGUGAAGGCCCGCUACAUGACGCCAGCCUUUGUCACAUUGACCAGCCCCUGCCACUUCACCCUGGUCACUGGCAAAUACAUCGAGAACCACGGAGUGGUUCACAACAUGUACUACAAUACCACCAGCAAGGUGAAGCUGCCCUACCACGCCACGCUGGGCAUCCAGAGGUGGUGGGACAAUGGCAGCAUACCCAUCUGGAUCACAGCCCAACGGCAGGGCUUAAAGACUGGCUCCUUCUUCUACCCUGGCGGGAACGUCACCUACCAAGGCACAGCGGUGACAAUGAGCCGGAAGGAAGGCGUUCUGCACAACUACAAAAAUGAGACGCAGUGGAGGGCCGACAUCGACACGGUGAUGAAGUGGUUCACUGAGGACGGCCUGGACCUGGUCACGCUCUACUUUGGGGAGCCAGACUCCACGGGCCACAAGUACGGCCCCGAGUCCCAGCAGAGGAAGGAGAUGGUGAUGCAGGUGGACAGGACGGUGGGCUACCUUCGGGAGAGCAUCAGCAGGAGCGGCCUGGAGGGCAGCCUCAACCUGAUCAUCACGUCCGACCACGGCAUGACCACCGUCAAAAAGCAGGCCCCGGACCUGGUGGAGUUCCAUAAGUUCCCCAACUUCACCUUCAAGGACAUCGAGUUUGAGCUCCUGGACUAUGGGCCCAACGGGAUGCUGCUCCCCAAGGAAGGGAUGUUGGACAAGGUGUAUGAGGUCCUCAAGGAUGCCCACCCCAAACUCCACGUCUACAAGAAGGAGUCGUUCCCGACAUCCCUCCACUACGCCAACAACCCCAGGAUCACCCCGCUGCUCAUGUACAGUGACCCUGGCUACGUCAUCCAUGGGAGACUGAGCGUGCAGUUCAACAAGGGUGAGCACGGUUUUCACAACGACGUCAUGGACAUGAAGACCAUCUUCCGGGCCGUGGGCCCCAGCUUCAAGACGGGCCUGGAGGUGGAGCCCUUCGAGAGCAUCCACGUGUACGAGCUCAUGUGCCAUCUGCUGGGCAUCGUGCCCGAGGCCAACGACGGGCUCCUGAGCACCCUGCUGCCCAUGCUCCAGGAAACCAACAGCAGGCCCCCAAGCACCCCCUCAGGCUCUGCCCUCCUGCCAAGUGGCCAGCACCCCCUGGUGACGGGACUGCUGGUGGCUGUGAUUCUUCUGGUCAAGGUCGCAUAAUGCCCCACGGCUCCAGGCCUGCCUCUUCCAGGAAGCCUCCAGAAGCUACCCUCUCACGGCGUGAGUCUGCUGGACACGGAUGAGCCCGUCUCUCCACCUGGCCACAGACCUCAGUGAUCCCCCAGCCCCAGCCCAUGCUCAGUCGUUAGGUGCUGGCAAUAAAGCCGCUGCCCAGGUUUAGGCCUGGGAACACACAGGGUCGCCCUCCCCCUGCCUCCCGCCUCCCCUCUCCCCGUCUUCCCACAGGCCCCGCCCCAAGAGCCGUGCCAUCCGCGGCCACGCGGGGGCGCGCGGGAGCCCCGCGCGGGAAGGUCGGGCCCUUCCCCGGCUCAGACCGACCCGGCCCUGGUCUCCAGCUCCAGCGGGGGCGCAGGGCGGGCGGCGGGGACGCUUUGCCUCGUCGAGCCGCACGCCUCCGCCCUGGUGCCCGCCCCGCCUGGCUGGCCGGCUGCAGCUCCGGUGGGGAUGAGGGACAGCCUGGUCGCUGCAGUCACAGGGGCCAGCUGUAAGUUGCGGGCCUUUUGCUCCAAAGCCUGCUGGGUUUUCUAACAGCCUUACCAGUUGGCCCCAGGGUGUGAUGACUUCCUGAUGCCUUAGGCCGCCUAACAACCCCUGGGCGAGCCUCUGGUGGGCCUGCCAGGGAGAGGUGCCACAAAGGGUGGGAUGAGAAGGUUCUUUGUGGACUCACAGGGAGCCAGAAUCUCUAAGCCACGUUGUUCCGCCAAAAAAAUAAAUAAAUAAAUAAGGUGCAAG